GAGGGAGUAUCCAAAACGGGAGGCCGCGUUUAAAUAAUAUCAACUCCACUUCCAUUCCACCGUCUAGCGGGUCUCGUUUGCUUAAUGCUGAUCUCCAAUGGCGGACUAUCCUCUUACCUCAGACUGAGGGUGCCCUCGUAGCGUCACUGCGUCAGUGCGUCACUAACUCCAUGGCGGCGAUUUGUCAGCGCAACAGAAGAGACUUGUUUCUUCCUCGGCUCAAAGCCCUUAUUACGGCUUCUCAGAAGUUCAAUCACACAUUGGCUGGAGGCGGUCCUCAGUUUGCGUCCACCACAAAGGUGGCUGCUCACUUUAAAUCCGAGCCUGGCCAAGUUGAAUUAACAAAAUGGAGGAAGCUGGACUCAAGGACCUUUGGGAUAACUGGAUCAAUAAUACCAUCAUCUCCUUUGAUGGUUUUAAAGCUUCUCAAACAGAAAGGCUUUGAAGCUUACUUAGUUGGUGGAUGUGUUAGGGAUUUAAUACUCAACAGAAUACCAAAAGACUUUGAUGUGAUUACAACAGCUGGGCUUCGUCAGAUAAAGAAGCAAUUUCAUCGUGCUGUUAUUGUGGGCCGGCGGUUUCCUAUAUGUAGGGUGCACAUAAGAGGGACAGUUGUGGAGGUAUCCAGUUUUGAUACUGUGUCGCAGCAAGUUGAAAAAAGUAAGAAUUCUUUUGUUCCUAAAAUGCUAAAGCGAUGUGAUGAGAAGGAUGUUUAUAGGUGGAGGAAUUCCAUGCAUAGAGACUUCACAAUAAACAGCUUAUUUUACGAUCCCUUUGGAAAUAUAAUCUAUGACUAUGUAAACGCAAUGGCGGAUCUAAAGUCCUUAAAGUUGCAGACAAUGAUUCCCGCUCUGUCGUCUUUCGAAGAGGAUUGUGCUAGAAUAUUGCGGGGCAUGAGACUUGCAGCUCGUCUUAACUUUUCAUUUUCGGUGGAGAUUGACACUGCUAUAAGGAAGCUGUCUCAAUCCAUCAAGAGUCUAAGCAAGUCCAGAUUAAUGAUGGAAGUUGGUUAUAUGCUUUCAUAUGGGGCUGCAGUCCCCUCCAUUAGCUUGCUUCAGAGAUAUAACUUGCUUGAAGUUCUGCUACCAUUUCAUGCAGCAUAUCUUGCUAAACAGGCCGCCAAACAAUCCAGCGAAACUAUCUUAAUGCUGAUGAAACUAUUUUCCAGUUUGGAUCAACUGGUAUCCUGCAAUAGACCUGCUCACGAUAGCUUGUGGCCAAGUUGAAUUAACAAAAUGGAGGAAGCUGGACUCAAGGACCUUUGGGAUAACUGGAUCAAUAAUACCAUCAUCUCCUUUGAUGGUUUUAAAGCUUCUCAAACAGAAAGGCUUUGAAGCUUACUUAGUUGGUGGAUGUGUUAGGGAUUUAAUACUCAACAGAAUACCAAAAGACUUUGAUGUGAUUACAACAGCUGGGCUUCGUCAGAUAAAGAAGCAAUUUCAUCGUGCUGUUAUUGUGGGCCGGCGGUUUCCUAUAUGUAGGGUGCACAUAAGAGGGACAGUUGUGGAGGUAUCCAGUUUUGAUACUGUGUCGCAGCAAGUUGAAAAAAGUAAGAAUUCUUUUGUUCCUAAAAUGCUAAAGCGAUGUGAUGAGAAGGAUGUUUAUAGGUGGAGGAAUUCCAUGCAUAGAGACUUCACAAUAAACAGCUUAUUUUACGAUCCCUUUGGAAAUAUAAUCUAUGACUAUGUAAACGCAAUGGCGGAUCUAAAGUCCUUAAAGUUGCAGACAAUGAUUCCCGCUCUGUCGUCUUUCGAAGAGGAUUGUGCUAGAAUAUUGCGGGGCAUGAGACUUGCAGCUCGUCUUAACUUUUCAUUUUCGGUGGAGAUUGACACUGCUAUAAGGAAGCUGUCUCAAUCCAUCAAGAGUCUAAGCAAGUCCAGAUUAAUGAUGGAAGUUGGUUAUAUGCUUUCAUAUGGGGCUGCAGUCCCCUCCAUUAGCUUGCUUCAGAGAUAUAACUUGCUUGAAGUUCUGCUACCAUUUCAUGCAGCAUAUCUUGCUAAACAGGCCGCCAAACAAUCCAGCGAAACUAUCUUAAUGCUGAUGAAACUAUUUUCCAGUUUGGAUCAACUGGUAUCCUGCAAUAGACCUGCUCACGAUAGCUUGUGGGUUGCACUCUUGGCAUUUCACAUGUCGUUAGCCAAUAAUCCUGAGGACAUACUAGUGGUCCUGACUUUUGCCUCUGUGUUGUAUCAUGGAAGGUGGAGAGAAGGGGUUAAAUUUGCAAGACAACAUGCUAAAGCAGCAAUUUCAUAUGCACCUGAAAUUUCAGGCUCUGAUGGCGAUGGCUUCAUGUCAGAAGAUGAUGUGCUUGCUGAAAGAGUUAAGAAUAUGGCAGCACAAGUUCAAGCUUCUGCACAUGAAUUGAUUGAUGCAGAGAACCUUAAGAAAAUGACAUUGAAUCUCUCCGGUUCUUCGUCCUCUUGUUUGGUAUUUAUAUCCAAGAAAAUGGUGAAGAGUGUGGUGGCAUUUCUUGAUAUUUUGGUGAAUGAUGUAACAUCUCUGGACACGAACAGAACUAACCUACUAAUAGACUAUGAAAGACUCGUUAAAGGACAUGUCUGUGAGACAAGGUUUGUCCUAGGUACUAUAAUCUUGGACACUUUAGGUUUAGGAGACGCUUUGGCAGAAUUGAGGAAAAACAGAUCUGAAAAGGUUGACAAGAAGAGGAAGGAGAGUUCCCAGAUCAGCGAAAACGACCAUAAAAUGAUACUGAGAAAGAAUAAUCUGGGUAAGGAUAUAAGGGGGUAUGAAACAAUAGGCGAAGGUAGGGGUAAUUAUGACAUGAUAGGCCAUAAAAGAUCUGGAGAUGAAGAUACUGGUGAGGUACAGGAAAAAAGAAUGCAGAACUUUGAUGUUAGUAAGAAGGUUUCUAAAGACAUAAUAAGCCAUAAGAAAACUGGAGAUGAAGAUGGUGGUGAAGAAUUGGAAAGAAGAAAGAUGGACCGCGAUGGUAGUGUUUUGGGAUCAGGUGAUAAGGAAGGAAAGAAGAAGGAUAAAUCCCAGAUCAUCAGAGAAAAUGACCAUAAGAUAUUACUGAGAAAGGUUAUGCCGAGUAAGGAUAUACCGAGAGAGAAAAUAAUAGGCGGAGAUAAGCCUAGUAAGAAGGUUUUAAAAAGCAUGAAAAAUCAUAAAAGAUCUGGAGAUGGAGAUGGUGGCGGGAUAAGUGAAAGAAGAAAGCGGGAUUUUGAUUGUAGUGUUUCUGGAUCAGGUGAAAAGGAUGAAAAGAAGAGGAAUGAGAAUUCCCAGAUCAGAGAAGAUGACCAUAAGAUGUUACUGAGAAAGAAUGUGCUGGGUAAGGAUUUACUGGAGGAUGAGAUAAUUGGGAGAGAUAAGGUUAGUCAGAAGGUUAUUAGAAACACGGUAAAUCUUAAAAGAUCCGGAGAUGAAGAUGGUGGUGAGGUACGGGGAAGGAAGCAGGAUUUGAAUGGUAAUAUUUUGGGAUCAAGUGAUAAGGUUGAAAAGAAGAAGACCCUUCACAGCAUUUUCAAGUGAGUUUAACUUUAGUUUGUACUGACUGCUAGAUGCUCACAACAGUAUCUUAAACAACUCCGGUGCCAGCAAAACUCAUUUUUAUCUUAUUUUAUUUAUUUAUUUGUACUUCAACAUCUUGAAGGAAAGGUUUGGCGCACCGGUUACGGUGUUUGCGUUUUCUUAUUAUGAAGCAGCCGUUAGUCAAUUUUUGAUGCAAUUUUUAUCAUGGGUCAUUCAGAAACAGUCUCUUUGUGCUUCAGUUCAAGACUAAAAGACCUGCAUAUGACCCCCUUAUCCCAUUGUAGGUGGGAAGUCUUUGCGGCAUUGGGGUAAUGUUGUAUUCAAAUUUAGUCAUUUUUGGAAAUGAGCUUCACUGUCAUAAUAUUAUAAGAAAACCCCCUUUUAUUGUGCUUCAAUUGCACUUUUACUUUUAUUAAUACCACAAAUUUAGAUAUUACAAUGACUUUUAUAAGAAGACUUUAACAGCCGUCUUCAGCUUCACAAUUGUAACAUCAUAUGGGAUUGAUGAUGUAUGCUGUAGCUGUGUUAUUGUACUUGAUGCUCCAUUUGGCAGAGCAAAAUUGGGUGAAGUUAACUGUGAAUUAAGUGUUGCUAAAAUUAAUGAUUUGGUUGAAGUAUUUAUUAUAA